AUGUCGAAACCGCUCGCCAGACAUAUUAAAGAACCUUCGCUAUUAGGAGGAGAAAUCGAACAAGAAGCAUUAGCUGAAGAAGCACGACUUAGAGCCGAAUGGAAGGUUCGACUUAUGGUUGUCAUUCUAAGCUCAGCGCGCCAAGCAGCAGCGAACAGUGGCAGCGGCGUGGAGUCGAGGACCCCCGAAUCGCCGCAAAAUGCUGACUCUCCACAAAGUACUGGAUCCCCUCAAGAUUCCGUUUCCCCACAAAAUGAUACGCAGGAAAAGGCGACGUCGUCGGACGAGGUGUCCGAUUAA